AUGGGUUACGUAUAUUCUAGGCAACCCGUUCUAGCAGACGAGGUACAAACGUUUAAAGCGCUGAUAACGGUUCACAAGGUCCUCCAAGAAGGUCACCCGAUAACGGUUAAAGAGGCACAAGCCCAUGUUCCAUGGCUAGAUAGUUUAGUAAGAGGUGUUGCAGGCGAGGGCCUCCGAGGGUAUGGCCCAUUAAUUCGGGAAUAUGUCUUUUAUUUGGAAUCUAAGUUGGCGUUUCACCGCCAGCAUCCCGAGUUCAACGGUGAGUGCCCAGUUUCAAAUUUGUCGACUGCGACCAUCAGUGAGCUUUGCAUUAAUGUUGAACGACUAGGCCUAUUUGAGUACGAGGAGUAUAUUAGUCUCAAAUCGAUCAACGAUCCGAAUGAGGGUUACGAAACCAUCACCGAUCUGAUGGCCCUACAAGACCAGAUUGAUGCCUUUCAAAAGCUUAUAUUCUCCCAUUUCCGCAGCGGCGCCAACAAUGAAUGCAGGAUUUCGGCGCUUGUGCCAUUGGUUCAGGAGAGUUACGGUAUAUACAAGUUUAUCACCAGUAUGCUGAGAGCGAUGCAUACGACAACGGGCGAUGAGGAGGCAUUGGAGCCUCUCCGCGAAAGAUACGAUGCACAGCACUAUCGACUUGUGAGGUUCUACUACGAAUGCUCCAAUCUCAGAUACCUGACUAGCCUGAUUACCGUUCCGAAACUCCCGCAACAACCGCCAAACUUGUUGAGUGAAGACGAGGACCGCCCGGCACUGCCCAAGCGGCCAGCUAAGGAGGUCGAGAAAGAACCGACGCCGCCCCCGAAAUCACUCAUUCCAGAUCCGGAACCUAUCAACGAUUUUUGGUCCACGGAAGCCAAGAGGCAACAGGAAGAGUACGAAGCUGAGCAGCGUCGGCUCCAACAGCAGUGGGACGAUCAACAACGGCAACAACUGCUUGCCCAACAGCAGGCCCAGAGAGAUUUUGAGGAACAACAGCGGUUGCAGGCAGAACAGCAGAGAUUGGCUCAGGAGCAACUACUCAGGGACCAGUAUCAACAGCAAACCCAAGGCCGUUUAGCGGAACUCGAACAGGAAAAUCUAAAUGCACGUGCGCAAUACGAACGAGACCAGCUUAUGCUACAGCAGUACGACAAACGGGUUAAAGAUUUGGAAGAACAGCUUAAUCAACUGAACUCUAACUAUUCUCUGCAAAAUUCGUCAAAGGAUGACCAGAUACGUGCUUUGCAGGAACAAGUCAACACAUGGCGGUCGAAAUACGAAGCGCUUGCGAAGCUAUAUUCACAAUUACGGCAGGAACAUCUCGAUCUUCUCCAAACUACAAAGUCCCUGAAACUUAAGGCAGCUUCGGCUCAAGAAGCAAUAGAUAGGCGAGAGCGGCUGGAACGCGAGAUGAAGACCAAGAAUCUAGAGCUUGCCGAUAUGAUUAGGGAACGUGACAGGGCGCUCCAUGAGAGAGAUCGUAUCUCCGGCGGAAACAAGGAGGAGCUCGAGAAACUGAAGCGAGAGUUGCGCCUGGCCAUUGAGAGAGCGGAAAAUGCAGAGCGUGCGAAGGGCUCUGAGAUCUCCGCCAUGCUCUCGAAAUACAAUAGAGAAAUGGCUGACCUUGAGGAAGCCCUUAGGAACAAGAACCGUGCCCUUGAAGAAGCGCGCAAUAGUACUGGUGAACGCGAUCACGAUCACGACCUUGCGUUGCGAGAAAAGGACGAGGAGAUUGAAGUGUACAAAUCCGGGAUGGAACAAGCCUUGAUGGAGCUAGAAGAGCUCAAAUUAAACCAAGGAGACGUGGACAAGGCCCUUGACACGCAAAUUGACGACGUUCUUUUAAGCUCUGUGGCGAAAAUCAAUGACAUUAUCGACUCUGUUUUGCAAAGCGGCAUCCAACGAGUGGAUGAUGCUUUGUACGAGCUUGACUCGACGAUGCAAGCUGGUAACCAAAACGCCUCGCCAUCAUAUGUGCUCUCGCAGAUUGAGAAAGCGUCCGCCAGCGCUACCGAAUUUUCCACCGCAUUCAAUAACUUCAUCGCGGACGGCCCCAACAGUACGCAUUCCGGGAUUAUACUCACAGUCAGCGUUUUCUCCGGAUCCAUCGCGGAUGUUCUCAGCAACACCAAAGGCCUGACCCGGUUUGCCACAGACGAUAAAAAGGCUGACCAGCUUAUCAAUGCUGCGCGGCAGUCUGCACAGUCAACGAUGGCCUUUUUCCGAUCUCUGCAGUCUUUCCGGCUGCAAGACCUUGAGCCUUUACAAAAGACAGAUGUGGUGAUCAAUAACAAUCAUGAAGUUGCGGUUAACCUACAAAAGCUCUCCAAGCUCGUCGAUGCGUUUGCUCCCAAGAGCACCAAGCUCAACGGUACGGGCGAUCUCGGUGACCUUGUCGACCGCGAACUGUCCAACGCAGCAAACGCCAUCGAAGCAGCUGCUGCGCGACUUGCCAAGCUCAAGAAGAAGCCGAGAGAUGGGUACUCGACCUACGAACUACGGAUUCAUGAUUCUAUCCUCGAAGCAUCGAUUGCUGUGACCAAUGCCAUUGCAGAGCUUAUCAAGGCAGCUACCGCGUCCCAGCAAGAGAUUGUCCGAGAAGGGCGCGGUAGCUCCUCCAGGACGGCGUUUUACAAGAAGAACAAUCGGUGGACCGAAGGGCUGAUUUCGGCCGCAAAAGCUGUGGCUACAUCGACUAACACGUUGAUUGAAACCGCAGACGGAGUGAUCUCUGGAAGGAACUCACCUGAACAGCUCAUUGUGGCCAGUAACGAUGUGGCAGCGAGCACAGCGCAGCUUGUGGCCGCUAGUCGUGUCAAGGCGACAUUCAUGAGCAAAACUCAGGAUCGCCUGGAGACUGCCAGCAAAGCUGUGGGAGCAGCCUGCAGGGCGCUGGUACGCCAAGUACAGGAUAUCAUCGCAGAGAAGAACCGUGAUGAGACCGAGGCCGUCGACUACUCUAAGCUGAGUGGACAUGAAUUCAAGGUCCGAGAGAUGGAGCAGCAGGUUGAAAUCCUCCAACUGGAAAACAAGCUUUCGCAGGCAAGGCAGCGUCUGGGCGAAAUGAGAAAGAUAUCAUAUCUCGAGUAG